AUGUCGCUUAUAAAACAUAUUUCGCAUCUAGAAUCAAACAAAGAUAGUAGAGCAUUGACUGUCAAGCGAGAUAGUCGAGCAUUGACUGUCAAGCGAGAUAGUCGAGCAUUGACUGUCAAGCGAGAUAGUCGAGCAUUGACUGUCAAGCGAGAUAGUCGAGCAUUGACUGUCAAGCGAGAUAGUCGAGCAUUGACUGUCAAGCGAGAUAGUCGAGCAUUGACUGUCAAGCGAGAUAGUGGAAGCGAUAGUGUCACUGGUGUCGCUGGCAGUGAUUGUUCCACUAUCUCGCUUCGCUCGAUAGUGUUCGAUAGUGUCGCUGGUGUCGUGAAUAAGCAAGUGUUUUAUCAAUCCAAAUUUACAUAUGCCUUGGUCAAUUUGAAACCAUUGGUUCCGGGACACGUUUUAGUUGUGCCAUUACGUACAUCUGUAUUAAGGUUUGGCGAUUUAACUCUGGACGAAUCUGCUGACUAUAUGGCUACAUUGCAAUUGAUACAUAAGUUCAUUAUCAACACUUACCACGCAGACUCUUUGAACAUUGCAAUACAAGAUGGACCCGAAUCUGGGCAACUGGUGCCGCACUUGCAUACACAUAUAAUUCCCAGAUAUAGAGCAGAUGGAUACGGCGAUUCUAUAUACAAAAAAUUGGAAAACUUUGAUUGGGCAAAAAACUACCAAGAAUUUGAAUUAAGAAAAAGAGAACAUCACCAAAGACUAAAGGAAAAUAAGAAUGAGUUGGACCAAAAGGAUCAAGUGAGAAUUGAAAGAUCGCAAGAAGAGAUGGAAUCUGAAGCUAACAGAUUGAAAAGAGCUUUGGAAAAUUUCAAAAGUCGCUACCAAUAUACAAGUGAAAAAUAA